AUGGCCUCGAAGCAACCCGCUAUCUUGAACCCAACGCCGGAGGACAUCAGCCUGCUCCUCGCUGCUCAAACACACAUCGGCACGAAGAACUGUGAGAAGGCCAUGCUUCCUUACGUGCACAAGCGCCGUGCGGACGGUAUCCACUUGAUCAACAUCGGCAAGACGUGGGAGAAGCUCGUGUUCGCUGCACGUGUGCUCGCUGCCGUCGAGAACCCUGCCGACAUCUGUGUGAUUUCAAGCCGCACCUACGGCCACCGUGCUGUGCACAAGUUCGCUGCGAACACGGGCGCAACGGCGAUUGCUGGCCGCUUCACGCCUGGUUCGUUCACAAACUAUAUCACGCGCUCGUUCAAGGAGCCGCGUGUGAUUGUCGUGACGGACCCACGUGUGGACCACCAGGCCAUCCGUGAGUCGGCCUACGUCAACAUUCCUGUGAUUGCUCUGUGUGACACGGAUGCUCCUCUGCGUCAUGUCGACAUUGCCAUCCCUGGUAACAACAAGGGUCGCCACUCGAUUGGUCUGCUGUGGUGGCUGCUCUGCCGUGAGUUCCUCCGUCUCCGUGGCAUUGUGCCCCGCACGCCGAACGGCUGGAACGUCAUGGUCGACAUGUUCUUCUACCGCGACCCUGAGGAGAUCGAGCGCGAGCAGGCUGAGGCUGCUCUGGCCAAGCAGGCUGCGGCUGCCAACGCUAUGCAGGAGUCGACCAUUGAGCAGGUCGACUUUGCCAUUGAGGGUGCUGGCGCGGGUGGUGUGAACCCAUCGGUCGCUGCCAACCUGCCUGCUGGCGGCGAGCAGGUCGACUGGAGUGCCGACGCUGCGCAGGACUGGGCUGCUGACACUGGCGCUGCGCCAGCUGCGUCGAGCUGGGACUAA